GGCACACUGCCACGCGCCACACAGUGGCACAUACUUAAGCCAACGGCACACCAUUCGGACCCCCAUCAUUUCAAGUUGCUAAGCGUACAUCUUCCCCUCAUCCUGGUUUCUACUUGCGUUAUCCUUAGGACGGGGCCUGACUGUCAUCAUGUCGUUCGCUGCCUUGAUGGCGCUUAGCGCCUCGCAAACUAAGGAGUCCCAAAGCGCCGUACAAACUGCACUACUACAGCGCCAGCGCAAUGAGGAGCUCCAACGGAAAAAGCGGGAGGAAUUCGACAGAAAGGAGCGAGAAGAAGCGGCGAAGCUUCGACAGAAGAGAUUUGAGGACGAGAAGAAGCAACGAGAGUUGCAGCUCAAGAGAGAAUCAGAAACGAAACGCAUGGAGGAGGAGCAGGCAAGGCGAGAGGAGGAGCAACGUAAUGCGUUGCUCUACGGUCCCAAGAGGGCUAAGUCGGGCUCUAAAUGGCCAUCGUCUAGCGGAAUCUCGAAGGAGUCCAUCCCCAGGCGCAGAUUACCGUCAGACGAGGAGGAUGGCUCCCGUUCCGGAUCUCCAGCAAUGGCUCUCACUCGGGAGGAGAAACGGCGGCGCAGGCUCGAAACCGAAAUGCGCAAGGGUUAUCCAACCAGGCGGUCCGCCUUAUCCUCCGGCUAUCAUAAAGCUGGCAGGCGACUUCCAGGAGGGGCUAUUGACGCCACGUCAGCACCAACCUCGGAUAGCUGUAACGGCUCACAAUCUGUCAAAGCUCGCCUUUCUGCGCUCCCCAAUACUUUGACCAAGCUCAAUGUUCACAAGCGAGACACACGGACCAUAGACGAGAUAUUGCAGGACAGAGCCAAGGCGAAAACCGCCACAUUGGACGGUGACGAUGCCAAAGAGUUUAACGACUGGUUUGGAAAGGGGAAGAAGGAUAUAGGAAAGAGCAGUGCCCAGAUAUCUACAGCUGCACCAUCCAGAACGUCUUCCGGCUCCAGCUCCCCAGUCCCCUCAGCGCCUAGAUCAGUCAACUCUGGCACGUCAAAGACAUCAACAGCCUCGAAAUCUGCUGUCUUGUCAUUUUCAAAGACCUCGCAGUCCAAAGGCGCAGAUAGCUCACAGUCAUUAAAGACUGAAGUGAAAUCUAAAUCGACUUCAAUUUUCACUCCUUCGAUGAAGUCGCAGGCUUCUAAGCCUUCGUCUGCACCACGCUCCGCCGGUCCCACCAAAAAACGGCCCCGGUCCCCAUCCUCACUAUCCCCCCCUCCUUCAAAGAGGCGCCCUGUCUCAACUGAAGUAGAAUCUUACAGCAACGAAAUUUGGAAACUAUUUGGCAAGGACCGGUCUAAAUAUGUUGAACAGGAUGUGUAUAGCGACGAAGAGGACAUGGAAGUUGAUGCCGGCGUUCUUGAGAGGGAAGAGCUCAGAAGUGCGCGUCUUGCCAGAAAAGAAGACGAAGCAGCUCUUGAGCAGGAGAAGCGCCACGAGGAAGAAAAGCGCCGCAAGAAGAGAGAAAGGGAAAUGAAAGAGAGGCGGGGAUAAGGCAAGGAGUUUUUUUUGACAUCGGCAUGCUAUAUUUCAUGGACAUUUCAUACCCUCAUGGAUAGUGGGACCUAUCCCUUGUUUUUCUUGAUGCUUUAGAUGGCAUACAUUCAUACCAUACACAUCGCCACCAUUCAUGUUCUAUCAGCCAGCGCAAUUUUGUUUAUAUGUUACACCAUGUAUUCGCAGUCACUCUGAGUCAUGCUCAUGCUUUUUCGUGCAAUGCAAUAUUCCCUUGCUCACCACCAAGCAA